UAGAUAAAGAACAGCUAAAUAAUGGUUGUCUCCAACUUAACAGAGGCAACUUAAUAUUGUUGGUAGAUUUUACUUGCUGCAUUACAUAUUUAUAUAAAUAUAUUAGAUAUUAACACACACACACGCAUAAAAUACCCCGUCUACAUCGUAUCUAUUAAAAUACUCCUGCUGUAUAGAAAAUGUAGCCUGCAGUAUAACAUUGAGCAUCAAGCGCACGAGGCCACACCAAUUUUGUUGAGAUACAUUUUGAUAGCUGCAUUAAAUAGAAAUCGAUUAAAGCGUGAAAACAACCCCUGUGCUGGCAAGUUACUAAUUCUCUUGAUCGGAAACAGGUACACUGAUUUGAGAAAUUAUCUUUGGAAGCUGAAGGCAGUCAGCGCCACCCCAAACAGCCGCUUUCACUGGUUAAGAACGCGGAAGAAAUGGGCGGGUCUUGUUCCCCCAUUCCAGCGACCAAUGGCGUGCCUCGAAAGAGAUGAUCGACGCGUCCCUUCGCACCAAUCAACGCGAUACAAACCAGCGCGUGAACAACCCACCCAGCUGGGUAUAUAUACAACGAUGACAGCUCCCACAUCCACUGCGUUUGCUUCAACAGACCAGUGAAAGAGGAACUCUCGAACAAAUAAGCGAUUCUUUCAACGAAAAAACGUACCAUUGUAAACAGGUAUCAACAUGAAGGCAAUAAGUCCAGUGAGGUCUUUCCGGAAAAAUAACGCGAACGUGACGGAGCACAGUCUGGGAAUCUCACGGAGCAAGACCCCGGUGGAUGAUCCUCUCAGCCUGCUGUACAACAUGAACGACUGCUACUCCAAACUGAAGGAACUGGUGCCCAGUAUCCCGCAGAACAAGAACGUGAGCAAAAUGGAAAUCCUGCAGCAUGUCAUUGAUUAUAUCCUGGACCUGCAGAUCGCACUUGACUCGAAUUCGGCGAUCACCAGUCUCCAUCACCCGCGAGGAGGGCAGGAGACAUCCAGAACCCCCCUGACAACUCUCAACACAGACAUCAGCAUCCUCUCGUUACAGACGCCAGAGUUGCAAGCAGACUUGAUUACAGAGGACAGCAGGACACUUUACCGUUAAACAGGUGUUUGGUUGAGACACAACAACACAGGACCUGGGAACCAACUUUUCCUCCAAUUUCUGUUCUCGGUCUGGAGGUUCUUUUUUCUUCUUCUUCUUUACUGUAAAUUAAUCCAGAGACUUGUUUUGCUUCCCAAAGGACAAUCCAUGUGAUGUGUAAAUAAGUUUGGACUUUGGUUAUUUAUCUUCUAAAAAUACUUAUUUGGUCCCUUCUUCAAGUGGAGAAGCAGCACUAUAUUCCCUGAAAACACGAGGGAAACAAAUGAAAAUGCUCACAAGGAACCUUUUCUCUGCAACGAGCAGUCUGACUUUUUUGUUUUGUGAAGACCGUGUGAAUGGAAGAAGACAUGGUUAGUUACUGUACAAAGUUUAGACCUGUUUUUGUCAAUUCUUUUGGCACAUGAAGGACUGGACGUUUGAAAAUGACAUGAUGAAACCUUGUGAACUCUCAGAGUUGUAUCUUGUAUAGUUGCAGAAAUUGGACUGUCAGUAUCUGCAAAGUGUUAUGCUGUAUGCUGAGACUUUUUAUAAAAGUAAUAUUGUAAAUCAUACUUUUUUUUUUUUUUAUACAAAAUAAAUCAAAUGCUUUAUUUGACACUGGUCUGUUAUGGUGUAAAAUGUUAAUCUAUACUUUUGUUGGCAAAUCUACUCUAUAUUGUACAGUGUAUUGGAUUUGCCUGGAAUAUCCUUUUAAGGAUGUCAUCCCAGUAAAUGCAGAAAGUUCCCCUUACAUUAGCAUUUGGUUAUUAAAAUUGUUUUGGGAAACCAAUUCUUAAAGUUCUAGGAAUUUUUAUUUUUUUCUGUAACCAUAAACUAAUGUUCCCAGAACAAUGCAGGGUGGUUUUUUGUGUGGCAACCGAACAAGAACC